AUGGGGAAAUGCAAUGGGCGAUGCACGCUGGUUGGAUUCUGCUGCCUUCAGCUGAUAGCAGCGCUGGAGAGGCAGAUCUUCGACUUCCUGGGCUAUCAGUGGGUGCCCAUCCUGGCUAAUUUUUUACACAUUAUGGCUGUCAUCCUGGGCAUCUUUGGGACCAUCCAGUACAGAUCCAAAUACCUCAUAAUGUACGCAGCGUGGCUGGUGCUGUGGGUUGGAUGGAACGCAUUCAUCAUCUGCUUUUACCUGGAAGUUGGACACCUGUCACAGGACCGGGACUUCAUCAUGACCUUUAAUACCUCGCUGCACCGCUCGUGGUGGAUGGAGAAUGGGCCCGGCUGCCUGGUGACGCCGGUGAUGAACUCAAACCUGGCCCCCGAGGACCAUCACGUCAUCACUGUCACCGGAUGCCUGCUCGAUUACCAGUACAUCGAGGUAGUGAGCAGCGCCAUGCAGAUAUUCCUUGCGCUCUUUGGAUUCGUCUAUGCCUGCUAUGUCAGCAAAGUGUUUAUGGAGGAAGAAGACAGCUUUGACUUCAUCGGAGGAUUCGAUUCCUACGGCUACCAGGCCCCACAGAAGACGUCACACUUACAGCUACAGCCUUUGUACACGUGA